CCUCGGAGCUGGCUGGUGAGGAGGAACAUGCGAGAUGGAGGGCAGAUGCCAAAGCGUCCUGGCCACACUGGUCGUCCUGGCUGGGCUGGCAGCUUGUGGAUCCGGCAAUGAAAUCAUAGAGGGUCCCCAAAAUAUCACAGUGCUGAAGGGCUCAGAGGCUCGCUUCAACUGCACCAUCUCACAGGGCUGGAAGCUCAUCAUGUGGGCUCUGAAAGGCACGGUGGUUCUGAGCAUCACGCCCACGGAAUCCAUCAUCACCAAUGACCACUUCACCUCUGCGAGUUACGAAGAGGGCGAUAACUUCAUCUCUGAGAUGAUAAUCCAUGAUGUGCAACUCAGCGAUGCCGGGCAAAUUAAAUGCAGCCUCCAGAACAGUGACCGGGAUGGGUCUGCUUUCCUUUCCGUCCAAGUCAUGGGGCCGUUGCUCACUCCUGAAAGCAGUCUUGUCGUCAUUGUGGAUGAACCUUGUAACGUGACUUGCCGCGCAUCGGGCUGGACCCCACUCCCAGACCUUUCCUGGGAGAUCGGGGUUCCGAUGAGCCAUUCGAGCUAUUAUUCCAUCCCGGAGCCCAAGGACCUUCAAAGCGCAGUGAGCAUCCUGACUCUGACGCCACAGGGUAAUGGCACUGUGACUUGCGUGGCGGAGAUGAAGGGGCUGUACGUCCAGAAGUCUGUAACUGUAAAUCUUACUGUGGUUCAGCUUCCCUUGGACAGCAUUGAUAAACCAGGUACAUCAUUGCCUACCUGGGCCAUAGUUCUACUUGCAGUAUCGUUGUCACUGCUUUUCAUCCUGAUCGUUGUUCUGAUUAUAAUAUUCUGCUGCUGUGUCUCCAGGAGAGAGAAAAAAGAAUCUAGUUAUCAAAGUGAGAUAAGGAAAUCUGCAAGUGUGAAGACAAACAAAGACACUUCCGGAACAAAGUUAAAAAGUGGAAAUGAAAACUAUGGCUACAGUUCACAUGAACCAAGGACCACAAAAGCUGCUUCUCUCCCUGCGAAGUCCUCUGACUCCAGCUUUCCAGAACCCUGCGACCGUAGGCAGCCUCACCAGGGAUCUGAUCACCACCAGCCAGGCCCAGCAAGUCAUCCACAGGUAUCCUUUAGGGUGACCAGUCCGAAGAAGGUCAGGAAUGUGACUUUGGUAUAGUACAGACAUCCCUUUGGUUCCAUGUGGCACUUGGCUGAUGACCUACAUCAUGAUGAUGUCAUCCCUGCUUGUGAUGAUGUCAUCCCUGCUCAUGAUGAUGUCAUCCCUGCUCGUGGUGAUGUCAUCCCUGCUCACGAUGAUGUCAUCCCUGCUCACGAUGAUGUCAUCCCUGCUCAUGGUGAUGUCAUCCCUGCUCACGAUGAUGUCAUCCCUGCUCACGAUGAUGUCAUCCCUGCUCGCGAUGAUGUUAUCCCUG